AUGGAUUCUCCGGAGGGGUACUUCCGGCCCCUGCACACCCUGCUCUCCGGCUCCGCCGUGACCCUCGUCUUCGUCGCCUUCGUCUGGGCGGCUGAGAACAAGGCCCCGAUUCGGCGCUUCCGGCGCAGCUACCCCGGCGCCAGCCUCCUGGCCGUGCUGGGGAGCGCCUACGGCCUGGUGUCCCUCUUGGGGGGCUCGGGGGUCUUCCUGCUGACAGUCACCCUGCCCAUCUCCAUGAUUCUCAUCCACGCCUCCUUUCGCCUCCGGAACCUCAAGAAUAAAAUCGAGAACAGGAUCGAGAGCAUUGGGCUGAAGCGGACGCCCAUGGGGCUACUGCUGGAGGCGAUGGGCCAAGAACAAGAAGCUGGCUCUUAAGGAGCGAGCCGGGCCCCCCCCCCCCAUCUGUCCUUCCCACCAGCCCCUCACCGUUGCCUCGGGCCUGCGCUUCGCUACUCUCCUACACGCCCGCUCGCGCUACCGCGAAGAUGCAGCGUCCCCCUGAGUCGAGCCAGGGCCUUGAGGUUGGAGUAGGGGAGGGGAUGAGCUAUGGCUAACCUGUGGAACUACCUGCCACAUGAUUUGAUACAGGGGACCAGAUAAUUUAGGCAGGGAGAAAGGGCUAUAGUUUACAUGUGGAACUACCAACCACAUGAUUUGACCCAGAGGCCUGGAGAGCUUAACAGGAGGAGGAUGAGCUGUGGUUAAUCUGUGGAACUACCUUCCACAUGAUUUGGCACAGGGAAGAAUGGCCUGUGGUUAACUUGUGGCACUACCCCACCACACGAUUUGACCCAGGAGCCCAGUGAGGGGCUGAGAGCUGGGUAAUCAUUUGAAUGACCAGGGGCAUGGGGAAUUUAGCAGAGGAGAAUGGGGGGGGGGGGUUAACCUGUGGAACUACCUGCCACAUGAUUUGACCCAGGGACCCACCCCCUAGGUCUGUUUAUGUAGGCCCUAUCUAAGUACCCUGUUUAUACGGCAACAAAAGAAACAAGGGGCUGUAAUACUGGGAGGGUUGGGUCAGUGGGAAGGGGUGUAUUCA